ACGGCGACGGGCCCUUCCGCCUGUUCGCGAAGGAGGAGGUGAAGUCCUUCCCACUCACCAACGGCUCCCUCUUCUCGUCGCUCCUCAACAUGAGCGUCGACAACCCCGCCCAGAUCCUGCCGUCCUACAGGAGAGGGGGCGGAGCUGGCAUGAAGAUGGGCGUGUCCUCUCAGGAAAUCCGGGGUCUGGUGGCCGCCGGACCCCCGCCGCGGGUGAGGGACCCCUACGGACCCCCCUUCUACCCCAGGGAAGCCACGGAGUCCCUGGGGUCCGCCGCAACCAGUAGCCAGGACCCCAUCUACUCGGAUCCCCUCACCAAGGUGGGCAGCGUGGGCAGCUCCCUGAAGGAGGACCACAUCUACGCGACGCUGUCCGAGACGUUCGGGUCCAUGUCGUCGCUGAGCGAGGGCUUCCUGGGCGACGACCAGCGCUGCUCGUCCGUCACCACGGUGGCCAACGACGACUUCGAGUUCCACGACCCGCGCGCCGCCACGCCGCCCGCGCCCACCCACUUGCCCGCCCGCGACCGCGGCCUCGCCAGCGCCUGCAACCUGGCGCUGGCGGGCCGCCCCCCCGCGCAGCUCCCGCCCGAGGCCCUGCGCGACGAGGCCGACGACGCCUACGGCCUCUCGUCCGGCAGCGCCUCGUCGGCGUCGCUGUCGGCGGCGUCGUCGUCCUUCCGCUCCGCCAGCUCGCAGGUCACGGCCACCGUCGAGAGCAGCGAGCGCGGCGAGCGCCUCGACCUCGCCAAGGCGGACGACCGCCGCCACAGCGACCGCGACGACGACGACGACGACGACGACGACGACGACGACGACGAGCGGCGCGCCCGCGACGAGGUCGGCUUCUACAACACGGGCUACGAGUGCGACACGCUGGAGAAGAAGCGCAAGGCGUUGUUCGCGGAGCCGCUGGGGCUGCGCGCGCGCGAGGGCGACGGGCGCGACGACGGCACGCUGUCGCGCAAGCACAGGUCGUCGUCGCUGUCCAUGAACGACCUGGACCGCCUGGACGACAAGGAGGAGGAGAUGAUGUUCAUCCUGCCCGUCAAGAGCGAGUCCAUGCUGAGCCUGUACCGCCUGUACCUGGCGGAGGACGAGGCGGAGGGCGCCAGCCUGCACUACUCCGUCGAGAUCUCGCGCUCCGAGGGCGACCUGUCGCUGGCGGCGGGCGCGGGCGAGGCCAAGGGCGAGGCCAAGGGCGAGGGCGCGCUGCACGAGGUGUACCAGAAGCGGCGCGCGCCCGAGGCCGGCGGCAGCCGCGUCAAGCUGCAGCACAAGAUCCAGCGCGCCAAGGGCAUGCAGCAGCGCGCCCGCCGCCCGCCCGCGCCGCCCCUGGCGGUGAGCAGCAGCGCGGGCGUGGGCGCCGGCAUGCAGGUGGCCAUUAUGGACAAGGCGCGGCGCAGGAACGGCAUCAUCACCAUCCAGGACCCGUCGGGGCUGUCGGUGGAGGAGCUGUUCCGCGUGCUGGACCGCGCCUCCGCCAAGAAGGCCGUGCCCUACGCCGCCGACCCCGCCGCGCCGCCGCCGCCGCCGCCGCCGCAGCCAGACUUCAAGAAGAUCUUCGUCAGCGAGUAUCUCUAACGCAGCCCGACGCCCAGGCGCCCCCGAGCCAAUGGAGCGCAGCCCGGCCUUCGUCAGCACUCCAUAGGGAAGCCCUGCUGGGCGCGUCCCCCCCCCCCCUCGCCGCCUGCAGAGUGACGUGAGUAUAUCGUGGCGAGCGGAGGGAUUAUAUUAUGGAGGAGAAGACGGUGCAAAGAGUGAAUCUCGUGUACUGAGCGGAGGGAAGCGAUUGACUGGAGGAGAAGACAGUGAUUUAACUGAAUAUUCUAUAUCGACCGAAGGAACACAGUGACUGCAGUUGAAAUAAUGCUCCCGAGUGCCUAUGCAGACAAUAUAGCAGUUGAAGAAAAUGCGAAAGAUUGAAAUACCAACUGACGAGGUUGCAGGUCGCUGCGGGGUUUGGUAAAGCGGAAACGUUUAUUUUGUGUUUGAAGUUUAUAUUUCUUUCUGAAAAUGUGUUGCAACAGAAAGUGCCUUGUGAAAGAGACAGGAAUUCCGACAAGGGACGGACCAGGAUUGACAAGUACAAACAAGCUAAAAAAGAGAGAAAAAAAACACUACAAAAACACACGCGAUCCAAUCACAUGUAGAGGAAAUACAAGGGACAUUUCUUUCCUUCAAAAAGCUCAAAAUUACUUGGAUCAAAAUCGUAUAUAUAUAGAUAUAUAAUUAAUUAUUGAAAGGGUCUAUCCCAGUGCCUUAUAAGGAACGAUUUAAUGGUGUAUAUAUGAGUAUGAAUAUUGUAAAUUUAGUCUUCUUUAAAAAAAGAAAUAUUAAGUUUU